GCGAGAACGAGCUGAAAGUCAGCGCCUUGCCAAGAGGUUUUUGCGCCAACUGCUGUCCAGUCAAAGCUUCCAGAGAUAUUCGGUUCGUGUUUUAUAACAAAACGCAAUCAAAGCAUGGGGCAGUUAUCGAACCGUUCCAAAGGGGAGCUGCUCGCCGGGUGGGGGUGGAUACCUUCUUGCCGACGGUUAUAUUCAUUCACGGAUUCACCGAAGCUUCUCCCGGACAAAGCGGACAGGAGAUAAGAGACGAUAUUUCCAAACGACUCAAUUCAAAUGACGCUGAAUAUGUUGACGUUAUUCAUACAGAUUCGGGAAUUUUCGGUUUUCCUUUAUCUGUAGGACAUGCUGACUUUUAUCCAAAUGGUGGAAGAGCACUACAACCUGGAUGCCAACCUAGUUAUUUGGUUAGACAGAGAAUUGUCGAUCAAGUUCUCGCAUGCAGUCACGUAAGAGCCUGGAGGCUCUAUGCAGAAUCGGUGAGGAACGAAAGAGCUUUUCCAGCCACCAGAUGCACCGUUUGGAGAGGAUCCGAUAAACAUUGCAAUUUCUCGGUAGACGCAUACAUGGGCUACGUAAACACUCC